AUUGGACUUUGGUUUCCAUGAAAAGAUUUUAAAAAAACCCUAAAUCCUUAUAUAUGGGGAAGAACCACCCUGGGAUUUGGGUGUAUCCACUGACCACAGAGGAAAAGCCCUGAGCAGCUUUACUCUAAACAGUGCAAUUAGUAGUUCACUAAUAAAAAAUAUCUUCUCUUGUCUUUGUUUUCUAUAUGCUUUAUGGUUUUGUUCUUGGUAAUAAUUUCCUAAUAUAUUUUCAGGUUUUAGUUAUCUGUUCAUAUUAAAUUUUAAUGCAGUGUUUAGCACUUAACUGUGUAUAUAUCUCAAUGCCAAGGUCCCUCGAGUGCUGGGUUGGUUGGGGUUUUUUUUGCCUUGGGCUUUCUUUUUUUCUUUUGCUUGUUUUCAAAUUAUUAAACCAGUCAAUACAACACAUAAUGUUAAGACAUGUUCUUCUUCAUAAUGUCAUAUAAGAUGGCAGUGAUUUUGUAAGGCAAAACAGAGCCAGCUUAGAACUGACAGCUUUGGAAUGGAAGUGCAAGGACUGGAUCAGCACAAGCUAUUUCCAACCCUCUUUCCCAAGGGAAAACUGCAUGCCCAGAAAGUUGGCUUUUGUUUGCAACCAUGUUUUCAGAAAUUUCACAUGACAAUUAGUUACCAGAAUUCUGAAAUAAUUCAGAGCUGCUAAAGCAAAGUAGAUGUCCCAGUCUAAAUUGAAAUAGUAUUGAUCAUGGAAAAAAAAAAUCAACAAAAUUAAGGAUUGUGUCCUAACUUCACACAAGAGUUGUGUUAUUUAAAUUAUGUUCGUAUUGGGGCUUGUUUUUACAAAAUUUAUAAAGAAAAACAUUAAAAACUACAGUGUUAAUAGUUUAAUUCAUUUAAGAAUACUGGCAGAUCUGCUUUUAACUCCAUAGAGUGUGUGUAUGUUUAAUACAAGUCCUAUUCCUAUCCCUAUCCCACUCAUCUUGAGCAUUUAAGAGUCAUCCAGCUUUGUGAGGAUCUCCUUUUAUCUAGCGAUAAAGGAGUUCAAAUCUCCCCAGAGAAGGAAAGCCAGGCUGCCACAGCCUGAAUAUACAUCUUACACUUCAUAGCUUUAGAUGACACUGCAAAUCCAUUCUCCUCACAGCUUUGCAAUAACCUACUCUUCCUCGGAGUAGGUUCCAGAGACUCGGAAGUCUCUGGAAAGACCUGGCAAAUCUUGUUAGAAAUCAGACUUUAUUUCAGAAUAAUCAAUACCAUACCUUUCAGCCCCUCUGCUCCUAAAAUUACUCUUCACCAAAUGAACACCAAUUAACCAAUUCUCUAUCAUUUAGAGCAUCUCUUGGCAAAGGUCCGUGGGACCUACCUCACUCUACAAAAGCAGUACAAGAGCAUCAUGAAAAUAGCCUUCCUAGCAAUGCACAAGGAAUUAUGUGAAAACACUUUUUAGCCAUAAAGAUGAUAGACCUUCUGUCAACAUAGUGACUAAAACUAUUGGUUAUGUUCAAAAAUAUUACACAAACCUGUGAUAAUAGUUGGCAAACAGGGAACUUUUGACACAGUUACUGGUUUGUGGCUCUGCAACCAAUCACCAGCUCAAUACUGAAGGGAAAAAACAAACCCUGGUCAUUAGGACUGCUCCUGUUUGCCAAGCCUGUGAGACUAACCUUUUAAAAAUCACUUUGAAAGGAAUUUUGAAAGACAGUCUACAAGCAGAACUAUGCUUUUAUACAACCGUUUUGUUUACACUGCCCAGGAUAACCCUGGGCAGGCUGCUACUACAGGGUUUGCAGCUCUUGCACCACUUCCUUCAGCAGUUUUUCUGCUCAAUUCACACAAGUGCACAUGCAGGUACACAAAGCACUACAAAAUACAGCAAUCCUUGGUUUUUUUUGCUGAACAUUAUCCAAGAAAAUAUAAUUUUAGGCUCAUUUGCCACACUUUUUUCCCCCAAAACAAUUGCUAUGAGCAUCUUCCAGAGGGAUCUGUGUACUGCACUGGUAGUGCUGCUGCAGAAACAAUAUGUAUCUGAAGUAAUUAGCAAGUUUAUCAUCUAGCUCCCAGGGCAGCCAGGCUUCAGUAUGACUGAUUCUUGGACAAAUCUCAAGAUUUUUGGGCAAGAGCCAAAGGCCUCAAGGACAACUGAAUGAAUACCAGUUUCCCACCACUAUCUGCACUGGAAGUUGUGUACAAUAAACCAAAGCCCACCUGAUGUGAACCACUUGACUGUUGGAAAUGACAAUAUAUCAAGAAAAAAAAAUCUUGAGGUUGAAAAUUUUUCCAACAGCUUUAAGCUGUGAAAAAACUACAGGGUGUAAUAAUUUUCAGCACGGUAAGUAGAGGAGAGAUGCUUUAAGGGAUCAUUAUGUUAACAAACAUCACACAGUACUAGAAAUAACAGUUCUACAGUUAUUUCUAUGCAGAAAAAAAUUCUUACACUGGGGAGCAAAACAGCACUCAAGCACUUACUUUCUUCAGAGGAACUUCUGGGUCACAAAAUGCCUAUCCUGGUAAAGGCAACUUAUUUACAUAAUUACUAUUGUAACAAUCAAAUUGUCAUAGUAUUGCCUCACAUUUUCUAUCAGCUUCAUUUACACAGUCCCAGUCCCCAGAAAAACAAUUAAGAGCAGUUCUGGGAAAUAUUUUCACAAGUACAAGUGGAAACAUGACAAUGAAGCGCCUCUGAGACUUUCGGUUAAAGCCCAAGAUUCAGUUUCAAGUUAGGUGCUCUUUCCAAUUUCUCAUUAGCUGGACAAAUUAGGGUACAAUGUACCAUAAACAAUUCUCUUAACGACCUAAAAGUGGUAAGUGUGCCAAAAAACUUUGUAGACAGCAGUUCUUGAGAGCAGGAGAAUAUCUUUUAGCAGUGUAACCAAGGAGUCAACCAAUUACAGAUUGAGCAAAAGAAGAUGUAACAGAUCCUGGGCAGAGGAUGUGACCAAGCUGCAUGCACAGAAAGAGCAAUUCCCCAGAAAAGUUAAUACUAGGUAGGGGUUGUUACAUGUCUUCAAACCAUUAAAAGCAGACUGCUUGUGAUAUGUAAAAGAAAAAAAGGACUACAAAUAUCUUGCAUUGUACUUCAUAUAAUCUAGAAGAGAAAAAUGGCACAAAUUGGAGUUCCAUAAACAAUAUGCCAUGUUUUGUAAGAAAACAUGACAACAAGAGCAUGAAAACCAUUUUAUGUCACAGAUUUAUCAACCAAUUCUGGAAAACAUUUUAAUGUGAAGAAAAUUAGAUGUGACAAAGAAGAAAAACCUGGUGCUGUAACAAAACUAUCCAUGUCACAACAUUUUGGGCAGAAACCCACCCUCUGAGAAGAGUUUUGAUCUCAAUUUAAGCCAAUACUUGUAUGACUAUCAUGAAGAGAUAUCUCAAGCUGAGUUGUCUAUACCCUGGUGUGAGCUCAAGGCAGACAAGACCUGGCAGCCACCCUGCUGUGCUUGGCUUUUGAAGCAGAAGCAUAUACAGAGCUUCUGAGUGCUCAGCUGGCAGAAUUUAAGAAGAUAUUUCCAAUUAAGCAUUUCAGCCUUACAAGCACUUAUUUAACAAUCAGUCAAAAUGUAGCAUUCUAGAGGUAAGAAAGGCUGCACCUGCAUGGGGAAUCAAAUUGACAAGAGAAUGUUAGAAAAGUUCUUGCGCUAUUAUUUAGACUUCAUUAAAAAACAAAACAAAGCAUUCUUUCCAAACUGAAAAAAAAAAAAUUGACAGUGUGAUACAAAAUAGUAUAAAAAUCACUAGAAACACCCUGAAGUUUUCAAUAACUUGUCUUAUCAGACCUGAAAUGAAAACUUGGAAAGCUUUUUUUUCUGUUACACCUGUUUCAUACGCACUUUUCAGUAAUUGUAUACAUCUACUAUUUUAUCACUUACUAAGUGUUUUUUCACUCAGCUUUCUCUCAAAGUGUUGCAGCUGAUUCUGAGGCAGAUCACAAAAUGAGUUUGGGUUGGAAGGGACCUUCAAGUUGGACCUCAUCUAAGGGUCCAACCCCCUGCCAUGGCCAGGGACACCUUCCACUAGACUAGGUUUCUCAGAGCUCCAUCCAGUCUGACCUUGAACACCUCCCAGAAAUGGGAUACUCACAGCUUCUCUGAGCAACCUGUGCCAGUGCCUCCCACCCCCACAGUAAAGGAUUUGCAACUAGUAUCUAAUCUAAACCCAACCUCUCUCAGCUCAAAGCCAUUUCCCUUGUCCUGUCACUACAUCCCUUAUUAAAAGGGAUAAAAGAUACUACAGAGCUUUCUACUAAAAAAAAAAAAAAAAAAAAAAGAAAAAAGAAAAAGUGCUGAUCUCCUUACCACCCCAGCUUUUUUUUUCUGGUUAUUUCUUCAUUUCCCACCACUCACCUCAAGGGUAAUUUCACUGAUCUACAGCAUUAGGUGGUUUCCAUAACUACAAACUGUAAAUUUGUAUAACCAUAGGAGAAACAAUGCGAGAAUUACUAUGACAGCAGAAUUACUAGGUCAGCAUUAGCUUCCCAUAGAUCUGAAGCAGAGAAACAAUUGUAGCUAUUAUUAUCAAAUGUAAGAGUAUCCCUUAGCAAAUGAUAGGAGUCAAAAAAGUAUCUUACACUAAAAUGGACUAUCUGGACUAUCCAUAUACAUGGAAUACACAUGAAGGUACCCUAGGAGCCUUAAAAAGUAGACUAAAUAAACCUUAAAACAAUGCAAUAUACCAGCUUUAAUUUUUUUUUUGUAAGACCGACAUGCAGCUGACAAAGAAAGGCAAAAGCAAUAAAAAGGUGCAAAAAAUGCUAAACAAUUUAUCUAAGAUCUAAGCGAGUGUGUGGAUGUGGUAAAUGCAGACCACACUUGGAUCACAUCAACAUCUGCAAGAAGUUUGAGCUCACAUUGCUGCAAACUAGGCCAGUACUAUUUUUCAGAAAAUAAUGUAAGACGUGAUAUUCUGUGCCUUUUCUCAUGGCCACACAAGAAUCCUUUAUGAAGACUGAUCAGUGAUGGCCAGCUCAGACUCUGGAAAACCACACUGGAAGGUGCAACAUUUCCCCCUUGGAUAUUUAGAGCAAAAUUAUGUGGGAUAUUAGAGAGCCACAGAAUGGUUAAGGUUGGAAGGGAACACAGUGGGGCAUCUGGUCCAACCUCCCUACUCCAGCAGGGUGUUUAAAGCCCAGUGCAUUUCUAUUUGGAUGCAUUCACAGGGAUCUGGGAAAACAACAUUUACUUCUUCAAGGUUUAAAAUCUACAGCUAUAAAAAUAUAAAAUCGUGUUUGGUUGGGUUUUUUCCAAAACACCACAAACCACAUCCACCACCCCCCUUCCCAUCUGAGUAGCACCAAUGCAGAAACCUCCCUCCUCACAGGAAACCUUUGUGCUACACAUCUGUGCAGUGAAGGACCCAUACUCAGCACCCCACCUGCAGCCCCUUCGCCCACCCACUGCAGAACCCGAAGCCAGAACUUGGGUUGGAGGCUUUGUGCAGGAGGGAGUGGAUUUAAAAUCAAGAACAUUUUAUGCCCUCUGCUCUCUCCUUGCGCUGUACAACGCUUACUCCUUUUAAUUAUAUGACCGUGGCAUAUAAUUAAAAACUGCGCCACGUCUAUAGAAAGAACUUAUGAGACUCCCUGAAGCAAUAAAUCAAUGACAUCAAGCAAUUAAUGAAGAGUACAUAUCAAUAAAGCAGUAAAACUGACUUAGGUGAUAAGGUGCACUCAGUUACUAAAUGAUCAAAAUAUGCUUCCCCGAUCUCAUUAAACUACAAAUAUCCUGCAAGAAAACACAAAUGAAAAAUGUGAAAUCCUUCAAUAACAAUGUGCUUUUCUGUCAAAGCUCUGCAUUUUUAUUGUGAGAAAUUCUUGGUCAUUUGUAAACAAAGCAAACCCCAAGUUCAAUGUUUCUGAGGCAACCACUAUGCUUUGCAUACUGAUUUGAGAUAAUUCAAGAUUUUUAAUCCAGGUUUUUCUCUCUUAAAUUUAAGGAAAGCUUAAUCAGCUUCUUAAAACUUUUCUUUUACUUCAGUCAGCCUUUUUGGAAGAAAUUUCAUUGAAACAUAUUCCUGCAAAAACCCUACAUUUUGCCAAUGUUUUUCAACAAAAGCAUUUUGAACUCUCUGCCAGUACUACCAAUCUGGUUGUAGCACCUCUUUUAAAGCAGUGUUUUAAAAGGCAUCAUAUGCUCGUUUUGAGUCUCGAUCACUUCAUGAACUGUCAUUGUGCAUGACUUCAAAGUAUUUCACCUCUGUUUUAAGUUACAAAUGACCACAUUGAAUCUGUUGCUGUUUACUUCCUGUGGGGUAAGCAGAUGCAGGAAGGUUGUGAUGACUGGGAAGCUUUCCUCUCCUGACAAGGGAUUUUUAAAGUGUUUUAUAGAAACUCCUCCAAAAUGUUUCCCUUUAGCUCUCAAGCUCCAGAGCCUGUAAAGGUCUCACAUUAUUGUAGACAAUAAUGCAAUUCCAAGUUCAGUUGAAUUUUACAGCUUCUCAUAUUUGCUCUAGAAAAAACAAACCUGAGCUCAGCCAUUUCUCCCAAACUUGCCUCUCACAUACUUUCACAUGAGAUUAAGAAGUCAUAACUCUCACAGAUCUAGGUUGCAUUUUAAUCAGGAUAACCUGCUUGCCUCAGAAAGUAUAAAGAACAAAAGGAAGACUUUAAGACACAAGCUGACCUUGAGAUUUCACCACAUUGCUUCUGGUAAAGAAGCAGACAGUUUUCACACUGACUUAGGUGUAUAUACUCAAGUUUUUCUGUGCAUCUAUAUACACACUCCUGAUAUUUCAGAGAAAGAUGGACAAAGAACACUUGGAAACAGUUGUCAAAUUUAAAGGAGUUACUUUGAUUUGAAUGCACUUUUACUUUACUUUCACUGCGAGGAAAAUGCUUUUGGUCAGUGUGGGAUCCGUUAUGGGUAGCUCCACUGCCUGCACCACAAACAUACUGGUGUCAAACUCAUAGAGAAACCAAAACCCAAAGUGAGCCCACAAGCACAGCAGAGCAGCAGCCAGAAGCCUUACCUAGAAAUAACUUGUUAAGAAAAGCUCAUACAAGGCACCUCAACCAAGAUAUUUCAAUCCAGUAGAAAUUCUGCUAUAUAGACUUAGGUAUUUUUUUUCUUAAGUAUCCAACAGGUUCUUUGUUUGUCAUUCAGUGGGAAUUUUCUAUAGCUACUCUGAAGCACAGAAACCAAUGACUGAGCUACAGCAAAAUCAAAACAGGUUUUAUAAUUUACUUCCAGGGAAAUAAGAGGCUGCAAAUGAAUGCAUUUCUGAGGUUAGACCCACAAAUUACAAUCUCAACCUGAAUCCAUCUCCCUGCAACCCAACUCUCUAUUUUGUCCAUUUUAUAACUGCAGGUGAUAGGAGGUACCUGUAGCAUAUUUAUUUGUCUGUGAUUUUCUAACUCUCUAGACUGGUUGGCCUGAGACAAUGAAAACAAAAACCAGUAUCAAGAGUGAAGACAGUUGGUCCAAAGCAUCCAACACCCUUAAGUCAGUAAGAAAACUUACAGCAUCUUCAACGCACUCUGGAUCAGGUAUUUGCCUAGAAAGCUGUCAUCCUUUAUCAUCCUUUAUCAUCCCAUCAAUCUUAUGAAAGAAAGCAUGACUAUGCAUACCAUGUCUGCAUUACUGCUCAUUUUUAUCCUGCUUUGUGGAAAAAUCAAUUAGGCAUACAUGGCUCUCAUUCAAUACAUUAUAAAUAUCAUCAUUCCAAACAGUUUACAUGAAAAUAAAUGAUAGGGUAGUAGACCAAGAGCAUAGAUCUCACUCUUGAGUUUAGCUGAGGCUGUCAAAACUCACACCACCAAACACUAGGCUAAUGUCUGGCCAAGAGUCAAAACAAUACAGAUUUGAAAGCCUCAAAGCUGAAGAUUGCCACAACACUUCCAGCACAGUUUAAGCACGAUGGUGCUUCUCCAAGUUACACACCUGCACUUUCUGCCUCAUCCCUUGCUUUAGCAUUAGCACAGCUAUGACUGCAAAUUAUGUAUUUGUUAGGAUUAGUUUUAAACCAAAUAGCUGUCCUCCUUUGCUGACUGCCUAUGUACACACAGCACAAGGGAAGAAGCAGAAAGGCUUAAAUGGACAGCAGAAGGAUUACUUUGAGCAACAGCCCACAUUUAAAUGGUUUAAAUCAACCAUAAAAAACUGUAUCAGAACCCAAGGAGUUCAAGAAGUACAGAAAAAGUUAAGGGAGUAUUUGUGAGCAGAAGUAGGACCCUUGUGAUCCUUCCACAAUAACCUGAGUAGGUACAUCAUACCUACUUAACCACCACAGACAAUAGCUGAAGAAAUUUGGCAAAACCCAGAGACUUGAGCAAGGGUUGUGCAGGACAUUGUAGGCUGCACAACACUACUUGGAACUUCCUCUACCACCUUCAUCACAGGAGCAAAAUACUAUUGCAAGGAUAUCUCACCAGGAAAUGCAACACAAAGCUCCUCUUCUCAGUGUACUGCCUUUUUCUGAGGCUAAAUACAUUAUCACAGAAUGGUUUGGGUUGAAAAGGAGUUUAAAGAUCACUUAGUUCCAAAACCCUCACCAGAGGCAGGGCCACCUUUGCCUAGACCAGGUGGCUCAAAGCCCCAUCCCCCCAUGGGCUUGAAAAUUUUCACAGAUGGAGCACCUUUCUUUCAGAGGACCCACUCCCUUACAGCUAAGGAUAAGAAUCCCUCAUAGCAAGAGCACUUGCUCAGGGCAUGAGAUGUGGGUUCCAGCCUCUCCCUCUUCUGCCAGGGUCAAACUAAUGUCUCCCAGAAAAACACCUUGUCACUUCCAGGAUGGUUAUUAACAGAGAUUCAAUGAAAAUGCAUCAUUUAUGUUUUGCAUUUGAGAACAUCACUCCAUUUCUCCAAGAUUUCAGCAGAAAAAAAUGUAAUUAUCACUUGAGAAGCAUGACUUUUGUUCAUCCUCCAAAGUUUUAACAUUUCCUUUCUUAUGUUCUAGGUAUUAGCUGAUUGCCACAUUGAAAAAGCAACUGCUCAAUGUGGUCAACUGUGCAGUAAAAUGGUUCAUAAAGUACCAAAUUGGUUCCAUAAAACUUCAGGAUACAGGCUGGAAGGAAAGAGCAGUAAGGGAAAGUCAGCUGAAGUAUUUGUAAUCAUUGUUUACCAGUACUAAUGAUAUGCUAAAUAAUCAUUAUAAGUGAUCUUAUCACGCAGAAUUUAAAGAGUUAUUUGCUGACUUACACAUUUAGAAAGUAAUAGUUCUUCACAUUAAUCAAGCCCAAGUUCUGCUUUUUGGCAGCAGUUUUCCCCUGACAAGCAUUUUCAUGUCAGUAUUUAUCUAAACUAAUUAGCUUACCAGCUUGAAUAAUUCUUAUGAAACUUUUCUUCCCCCCUUAACUUCUUACGUUCCGGUUUUGUGAAGGAAACCAAAUUAAUAUCAUGGGGUUUGGGUUUUUUUAAACAAUACUAACUCACAUAGAUCUUAUUGAAUGACUAUGGCAAAUUCUUUCAAUAACUUAAUAAUGUUACAUUUUAUAAAAAGCAGUAUAGGAAUGUGACUGUGGGCUUCUUGCUGCCUCUGACAAACAGAGGUUAAAAUCCUCUGUAUAUAAAGUCAGAGUCCUCCAUUUGGCCAAAACUGAAAGAGACUGUAAACACUGGAUGCAGUAUUUGCAAGUAAUUUGGCAUGAAAAUAAAACAUGUCCUCAAGAACCAGUGCAGUAACACCAGUAAUCCUGACACAGAACCAGACUACCUUAAUCCUGCCCAGAGAACAUAUGCUGGGCAAAACCUUACACCAAUGAUCUGAAAAACAGCAAGCAAUUGCUUUGGAAGGACACAAAUUACAGAUGUUCUUCUACAAGUUCUGUUACCCCGACCACUUCACCCCCUACACUUGGAAGAGUUUCUAAAAUAAUAGAUGAGGCUUCUUCUUUCCUACAAUUUCUAAUGUUUGCUUACCAUAGCAAGUGAUUUUUAAAUUUAUUUUAGAUUUUCUUAGAACAGCCACGUUCUGCACUUGAAAAGUAUUUUGAGUGAAAACAAUUAGCCAUGGAACAUCUGGCAAAUUUCUGCCAACUCAGACUUUGAGUUUUUAAUCCUAGGACUUAGAAAGUAUAAGAAUGAGUAGAGCCAGAACUUGCCACAGUGUUUGGGAAAGGCAUUUAACUUAUUUCCUGUAUCUACAGCAGACAGAAACUUCAAGUAUUGAUGUUAUUUCAAUCACAUUUACAGAGUGACUGAAAAAACCACUUUUUUAAGUUAGAAAAAAAUGUAAAUGAAAGUUUAGGAACUCAGGUAUUUUGUCCUAGUUAAGGCAUUUCUCUUCCUACCUGACAUUUUAGAGAUUCCUUUCAUUCUAUUCCUAUCCACUGAAAAUCAUGCUGUUAAGAUUGUUUACAGUCUUUUUGCCAUUUUUAUUCCCUCUGAAGCACAUCAACAUCCACUUUUCAAGCUUUUAGUCUCUAUGAUCCUUUCCUUCGCUGUUUAGUCCAUCCCUUUUAAACCAAUCAAUCCACAGAUAAAAGCUUGGAAAGAUUUCAUCUUUUAUCUAACCUCUACUAGCCUACCAUGAGAUCAACUAGACUUACACCAUCAACCCAAGAGUAGAGGGGGGGAAAAAAAGUACUCUUACAGCCUAAAAACUCAUACCAAAGGAGAGAAAUUGUUUCCUCUAUCUACAAGCAGGAGAGGAGCAGUUGUGUCUCUUGCAAAGGAAACUGAAACAAUUUCAAAGAGGGAAGAGAAGCAUUUCAAAUGCACAAGGAGGAAGUCUGGGAUUUUAUUCUGAGCUUCCUUUUCCCUUUUAAAGCAAUCACACAACCAACUUUUACUUGUAAUUUGUAUGUGUGAUUUCAUAUGCGUUAAGCUAACAAGUUUCCCGACAUGGAGGAGCCUUUAACUGCUUCUGCAACAGCUGGAAGGGAUUAAGCUGGCUAGAUAAAAAUUCUCUGCUCAUCCCAAGUUUUAUAAUGCUCAUUUGAAGACCUGCCUGCCACAUCAACACAAAAUAGGGAAAUUUUCAGUGCCAUAACAGCUUCACUCUAUCUGCAUAGGUGGAGACCACCGCUGCAUUUUAAGAUGGCAGUGAGCCAUUUCUCAAAAGCAGUCUUGGAGUAACUUCAGGGGAGCUGAGCAGGCAGCCCCAAAAGACAGCUGAGAAGGUCAAAAUAUCCAGCCCUGCUUCCUCUGUAUCUAUUUUUCCAGAGACUUAUGGAGGCGAAACAAAUGAAGUUUCUUAAUGGAUCCUUUUGCUUGGCUGGAAUCUAAUCUAAAAAUACAAAAUUUUAAUGUCUAUAUUUUUGUCACGUUCAGUAGCCACCGUAAUUAUCUCAAGAUGACAUUUAAUAGAGGGUUCUCUAUGCAAGGGCUUCAAACUAUAGCAGUCAAGGCAGUCUCACAUCCCAGUGUGGAAGUGAACGAGCUCUUAUGUGGAGGGAUGCUUGAGGACCAAGUCAUAGAAAACUUUGCCAGGAUUGGAACAGAAAAUCUGUGGCACAGCCAAAAAGAUUUCCUGGCUCUUAGCCCUACUUCUCAACCAUAACAAAUUCUUUCCAGCACAUACACAUGUUCAAAGAGAAACUCCAGUGAAUAAACAAACCAAAAAAAAAAAAAGCUAAAAUCCAUUAAAAUAACUAGAUAAAUAACAAUACUUAGGUGAAAGAAAAUAUUAUCCUGCCAGGGCUUGUCUUCCCUGCACCAGACAGCACAAGUUCUUCUGCAUAAGACUGCUUAACCCAAGUGAGAACAAAUGCCUGUACCAUGACACAGGUGUGCCUCUAAAAGCAGUAACAGUAGUUACUGAAUAAUGGUCUAACACAGACCAUUUUGUGCACCUGACAACCCUCAUUUAAAACUGCAUACUCUGGCCUUGGAAACACUGUAAGAAUUUAUUGCAAUGCUAUUAAUGUUGAAGUUGCUUUUUUUCCCUACUAAAGAACUUUCACUGUGAGCAUUGGCACAGACUGAAUGCACAGACUGAAUGCGGACAAGUUCAAAUACAUUUCACCCUUGACCACAACUUUGGUUUAAUUCCAGCUCUGAAGGUGAGGGUACCACCAGAGGAACAUACUACACUGGUCAGCACAACUCCAAAAGCUUGGAAAGCCUUCAAAUACUUGUUUUAUUUCAGUGAAAUGGUUUUUGCCAAUCAACUUGGACUUCUGAAUUUAAGGGUUCCUACCCCCUGUGUCCUAAAUGACAGCAAGUAAUCAACUCUGUGGCAUCUUGGGGAGGAAGAAACAGUGUCCCCUACAGCCACUCUCCUAGGACAUUGCUAAAAUUAUAAGCACUUUUCCUUCUGAACCCUUGAGGUGAAGCAGGCUUGCCACACAAAUCCAAAAUUGCUUAAACAGGUACCUAAACUCAGAGCAGCAGAGUUAUGGGGUAACUGCCUGAAGCAGUACAAAAAACUUGCUCGCUGCCGAAGUGAGAGAUGAUUUCAAACAUCUCAUCAGCUCCUGGCUUUAAGGAGCCCAUUCUUACUCUGCCUUUGGUGCCCUUUCAAGAGCCACAGGAAGCCUGCUGAUGGAAAUGCAGGCUUUGCUCAUAUAGCACUAGCAACAAAUGACAGGUCCUAACUCAUUCCCAUCUCUGAUGCAGAAAGGCAGACAGAUUCACAUAUGCAUUUCCCUGCAGCAACAGCAUUGUUUCCUUUGGAGACAAAAAACCCCUCAGUGUACAAGGCCCGCCCUGCAGCUGCUUCCUCCUGCCUACCCCCUCCUUCCCAUCCUAAAGGAAAAUAGCCUGUGGUGAAGGAGUAUAAGCAAGGCCACUACCCUGUCAGUUCUUCUUCCAUAACUGUUAAACUCUAAAAUUUAAGGGGUUGGGGGCUACUAAAGUCUUUUCUGAACCUGUCAGCACAAAGCCCAACAUCUCAAAACAUGAUCCAACAAAAGGAGAGAGCAAAAUGAGGCUUCCCCCUUGCUCAUGCUGGAGCCUGGCCAGAAGGGAAGCUAGUCCUGACUCCCAAAUGCUCCCAGUGCACUAACACAGGUUCUUCAGCUUGGACAAGCUCACAGAAACUAAAACACAGCUUAGUAACAAUCAGCUACAUCUAAAUUAAGCAAGUGGAUAUACAAUUCGCCUUUGCCAUUCACACUUUUACACUAAAACGACUCAGCCUGACUGCUCAGUGGUAACUCCUUGCUGAAACAAGAAGGGAAGGAAAAACCUGUCAAUUCAGGGGUUUCACCUUUUUCAUCUGCAGAAAACCUGCAGUUGAAUGCUGUUUCUGGACAUACACAAAUACCACUUAGGUCAUCAAUUAGCUCAAGGUGCAUGUACUGUACUGCACCAGAAGGGUUCAGGGAAAACAGAGUCCUAAUGACAAUACAACCAUACACAUAAAGCCCUAAAAUAGGCUCUGAGUAGUAUCCAUGCUUGUAACAGGAGCAACAACUAGGAGCUACAGCAAGGCAGGAGCUGUGACAGAAAGAGCAAAGGCUGAGGAUGCACCUUCACCACUGUUUCAAAGCACAUUUACAGUGGUAAAAUGGACCAGACAUCCCACCCUGCCUCUGUGCAUCUACACCUUUGUCAAAACGCCAAAUCAAGUUCUAAUCAGUGAGAUACACAUUCAUUAGUUUCUCUCCCUAAACAUGAAUUAUCGCUUAAGGCUUUGACCUGUGACACCAAAUUUCUGUACUGCAGGGAUUUUCAUUUCAGUAACUGGGCCCGCUCCACAGUCUUCAUGUGCAAAGUUGGAGCAGUAAAACUGAGAGCAGAGCUCCUGUGACCUGAUGCAGAACGUUUACAGGAAAACCCUUCUUUUACCAUGCAAGUUGCCAGGAGCAGAAACAAAAUUUAGCGUGUGAUGACUGCUUUUGUGAGAAAAGCCAGGAAAAGCUUUAUGCUAAGGUACACGUUAAGUUGGACAUCUGACUUUAGAAGUCUAAGAUGACUAUGCUUUACAUUUAAGCAUGGAUUUCAAUAGUCAAAGAAGUUUCUUGUGGUUAUAGCCUAUUGAAGUUAAACUGCUUGAUUUCACCUCAAAAUCAAGGUGAAAAUGUUUCACAGAAGACUAUAAAGAAAACUUGAAAUUAAAUAAGCAAGACCCACUUUUGCAUGUUUCUGAAUUUCAUCUGACAUACCUUACGCUAAGAAACUGUGCCAAAAUCCUGUGAAGCGCUGUUAUUUACUCUCCUUCACAGCAGACUAGAAAGGUUUUGCCCAGAGCCUUGCUUAGGUGCAACUGAUUAAAAUACAAUUCAAAAGAACCAUGCCACCCAGCCAGAUAUGAAGAGAUUUGUAUCCUAAGACUUAGAAAUAGACUGGGUUUGAUGCCAGAAGUGAGUCUAUCCAAGUUGUUGUUUAAUAAAUGAGUCUGUCUAAACUGAGAUUUAUCUCAUAUCUGCCCCUAAAGGCAGUAAGAACUGGUUUUUUUUACUAUUUACUUAACAAUGUAAUUAGCUACAACAUGUUUUUGUUUCAAUUAUUAGUGACUAAUGGGACUAUUUUGUGCAUAUGUGGUAACUGUCCCCCUUGAAAUUACCAGAACCAAUUGCAGAGUACACUAUAUGCAUUUUGCUGUAUUAAUUCUGUACUUACAUAUUCAAGAAAAUGCUUUCUGUAUCACAACAUUUCAAAAAACCACUGGAGUCAAUUUUUUUUUAACAAAAGAACCACCUUUCUCAUUAGAAAUAAAGCUUGAGAUGUGCCUUCUAAUAUGGAACAAGUUUAAAAAAAAUCUCUCCUCCCACUGCAACACAUCUCAGUCCUGUGAAUCUCCAAGAGCAAUCCUCUUUUUUCAGUAAUUAUUUGGUGCAAUUAUUAAAUUACCUAUGAAUGUUACUUUGUCCCUCUUGAGGUUUGUGCUGGUGUAUUGGGGGAAUUUGAACAGAACCACUCAGCUGAUUUCUGGUGAUUAAUGUGUUCACUAUUACAAGCCAAGCUACUAACAAAAGGCACAAUGUCAGUUCAAUCCUAUAUAAAAUCCCACAAUUACUGCUAUCACCAAAGAAAAACUUAAGGGCAUGAGAGUUUAGACACUGCAAAGUCUCGUCAUAACUAAAGAGAAAGGUUUCCAGACCCCAGCAACACUGACAAAGGACCUCUCAGGAAGCAUGGAAAGAGUUAAGAAGCAGCUGCAGCACUUUACAAGCUACAUCUGCAAGGUAGAGCAGAGACAGGGGAAGGCAAACAAACCAAACUGAAACCAUUCUUCCGCGCCCAGCCUCUUCUUCCUGUGAUGUCACGCUACAAAUUGCCUGGGCGCUCUGCUCUGCUCUCCAGAAGGAGCUGGGCUGGCAAGAGCUGCCGAGGGCUGUGGGCUGCAGGAGCAAACACGCUCUGGAAUUCGGUUUCUGCCCUGGCAGGCAGCUCCCUUCUGCUUCUGUCUCCCGCCCCAUGGGGCCAGCCAGCAAGCUGACAAACUUGUUGUAUAGAAAGAAGGGAGAGGGGGAAAUGCAAGCGCCGACACUUCGCAGCGUCCAGGAAAUCGUUUCCUAAAGCACACUCUCCUGGUAAAUUCGGAUGGAUGAAGCUUUGCCGGCACAAUCUGCAGCCAAGAGUAAGGCAGAAAGUCCCACAAUGGCUUCAUUGAAUCAAGGUGGGAAAUGCAACUAAGCAAGCUUUGGGGCGAUCUCAUCUGCCACAAGUGAUGCGUUUUCUGACUUUUGCAGACUGGCUAUGUGAUUACAAAUAGCACUUGGCAGAGAAGAGAGACUUCCUGGUGAUUUCUGCUGGAGAUGUACUCCCCUGCCACAGAGCUCACCUUCCUUUCCUGAAGCUUCCCAGCAUAACAAAUUUGCCAAAGCACACCGUUCAAAUAUAUCUGACCUGCAAGUUCUUCUGGAAUUUCAAAACAGUUGCAAUAAAAAUACCAGAGAAGACGCCAAAUCACAGGAAUUUUUAACAUACCAUUAUAAUGGUAAGCUCUAAUUGUUCCACUGAGGACUCCUUUAAAUAUACUUUGUACGGGUGUAUCUUUAGCAUGGUGUUUGUUCUCGGCCUCAUAGCGAACUGUGUAGCAAUCUACAUUUUCACUUGUACUUUAAAAGUGCGAAAUGAGACUACAACUUACAUGCUUAAUUUAGCCAUAUCAGAUCUGCUUUUCGUGUUUACAUUACCCUUCAGGAUUUAUUACUUUGUAACCAGAAACUGGCCGUUUGGAGACAUUCUCUGCAGGAUUUCUGUCACCCUCUUUUACACAAAUAUGUACGGGAGCAUUUUGUUUCUGACUUGCAUCAGCGUGGAUCGCUUUUUAGCUAUAGUACACCCCUUCCGAUCCAAGACUCUGCGGACCAAACGGAAUGCAAAGAUUGUCUGUGCUGCAGUAUGGAUAACCGUGCUAGCAGGCAGCACACCAGCAAGCUUUUUCCAGUCCACAAACCGCCGGAACAACACGGAGCAAAGGACGUGCUUUGAAAACUUUUCAGAGGACACGUGGAAAACCUACCUAUCCCGGAUUGUUAUCUUCAUCGAGACCGUUGGGUUUUUUAUCCCGCUCAUCCUGAACGUGACCUGCUCCACUGUGGUCCUACGGACCUUGAAUAAACCGCUUACAUUAAGCCGGAAUAAAGUAAGCAAGAAAAAGGUACUCAAAAUGAUUUUUGUCCAUUUGGUGAUAUUCUGCUUCUGCUUUGUGCCUUAUAACAUUACCUUAAUACUCUACUCCCUUAUGAGAACACAGACCUGGGUCAAUUGCUCAGUGGUGACUGCAGUCAGGACUAUGUACCCCAUAACUCUGUGCAUUGCUGUUUCAAACUGCUGCUUUGACCCCAUUGUCUAUUACUUCACAUCAGAUAAUUCAAAAUUCCAUAAAAAAGAACCGGUCCACCAGACCACGGGAUGUCAGAUUCUCUGAAAGGCCAGUUUCAGAAAGCUUCAUUCAACACAGCCUUCAGACCAUAAAAAUGAAAAUAUUUGACAGUGACUCUACAAUAUAAACUAUAUUAAAAUACUAUUGGGACUAAACUGGAAUUAGAAGCCUGCACAUUUCUUCAGCUGUGGACAUAUAUUCAUAUAUGUAAAGGCUGUGCUUCCUUCACAUCUGAAAAGUUUAUUACAAGGCUGUAAAAGUGUUAAGUGUAAUAGCACACAGAAAAAGUGUUUUAAAAAAAUCUAUGUCAAAGGUUUGUUCUGACAGAUUGUAUGUUAGAAAUGAACUUUUGAGUUUAGAGGUUAACCAAAGUCCAAAGACUGUUUCUCCAGUCAAACACAAAUGAAAAAGUAGCUUGCUUUCCUUCCUGAAGUUAAAACAGUUGCUGAAUUUAAUAAUGAUAUCAGUUUCCAAGUUACUGAGGAUGGGGGUGAAGCUACCUGCUCCACACUGCAGGAAAAUUGCCCUAUAUUGUCAUAUCACUUCAGCUACUGUAUCUUCCCCAGUUUCCUCUUGCUUCUCUUACUCCUCCCCUACUGUCUUUUCCCCUGCACUUUCCUUCUUAGGGACCAUUAUGUUCACAGGAGGCUUCAAUCAGUGGGUUACAAGAACUUUGUUUCUCCCAGGUUUAUAUGAUAAAAAUACAUGCUCUCUCCACCAGCCUGGCCCCCAUAAAGCAAUUAUGUCUCCUGGUAGUUUAGAGCAUUUGGAAAUGUCUCAGACAAACUGGUUUUUCUUCUCACCUCUCUCUUAGAAGCCUGUGUGAUUAAAACAAAGUAACUUGUGAUGACUGAAGUUAAUGCUCUAGGUACAGUACCACUUUAAUAAACUCUUCUGUGAGGAGUUCUUAAACUCAGCAUGACUUUUGAGGAAAAUAACAUCCUCUGAGUAAGUUAAUUUGAUCUCAAAGUACAGUUUAUUAGUAAAAUAAGACCUUUUCUAACUAGAAAUAAACAUGUGCAUCAAGUUGAUUAUUUCUUCCAGGAGAUUAUUUGGUGUCCCAUUAAGAAAUUCAAGAUGCUGUAAUUUUGGAGUUCAACUUCCUCUCAAUUUUUGCAUCCUAGAAAUCAUUUUAACAUGAGCAUUUAAAACUUAAAAUGCUAUUUUCUUUCAAAAUUUAAAGGGUAUAAAAAUAAAGUACUUGGGGCUACGUGCUGGCAAAAUUAAUCAAGACACUUGGAAAAGUCAGCAACAUGUAAAAGGAGAAAUCUACAUAUAUUACUGUUACAAACAAGAAUAAAUAGACAAAACUGCUUUAAAACAUCCUGCUAUAUAUGUUUCCCAGCUACUAGGACACUGUGUACAUUUUCCUCAGAAUUAAUUUAACAUCACUGUAAAAUAAAAUAAAAUUUAAAAGGUAAAGUGUUGUUUUUUCCUCCUCAAAAACAAUAGAGUAAAGAAUAAGAACUGAGUUUAAACAAAUUUGCACUUAAGAUUUAGGGCAGUUAGCUGCAACACACAUACAGCACUGAGACAUUUUUGCACCAGGGCUGACUACAGAGGAGUGAAUCAAUGUAGGAAAAAAUGCAUAUUGAGCCAUCAAACCAUAUGAUACGUUGUUAUCUGAAUGAGUUUAUUUCUCUAUGCAAAGCUUCUGUUUAACUGUUAUAAAUCAACCAUACAUUGCCUCCUACUACUGGAAACCGAGUUACUCAACGACUGCUAGGAACUAGUGUUGAUUGAAUUUUAAAUUUAACAGCAUUUUCAAUCUUUAUCCACAAAAAAAAAAUUUUUUUCAAUCUUUUCCUUUAUGAAAGGAAAAUUCUUAUACUAUGGGCUUAAGCUAAAAAGAUAGCAUACAUAUACAAAUGUCUGCAUGACGUCUGAAAUAAACUAUUAUCUUUGUUGGGAAUCCUAAACUCUUCUGUUUCAUAUCCAACUUCAAAAAAGUGCACAAAACUCUUGGCAUGAGUAGAAAUACUGUUUUCCGUAUGCCACUGACAAAUCCAAAGUCCAAAACCAGAUAUGCAUCUCUGAAGUCCCAAUGCCUCUCUCUCUCUAAGGGGUGUGUUUAAUAUUAGACUCCCUCCCAGAAGUGUGAGACAAAAGCCCCCAGUGUCACUGCUGGGCUAUGCUUCCAGGCUACUACUCCCCUGAGCUUGUCAUAGCUCUUACUCAAUUGAGUGACAGCUUGUUCAGCAACACCCCUCUGCCUUACAGCAGUGAGCACCCCAGAGCCUCAGUCGGGCAAACAGAACCUACUCUUUCUGAGAUUAAAAAACUGCAGGGGAAAAAUAAAAACCCAUCACUGACUUAAAAGCAGAACAAGCAGACGAAGCCACAUAUAUGAGUACUUCCCCUUCAGACCAAACUUUCCUUGGUAUAUUACCUCAAGUAGUCUGCAGAGGCACAGACAGUAGCUCUGCUUUGCACUUACUCUCCAGGGCAGCAGCUCCUGUUCUUUGAAAGAGCACAGUGCAACACAGUACAAUAGCUUCUGGACAUUGAGCUAUUAAGUGAUCAGAAAGCUCUCUGAGGAAACUUUGUUUAUUAGUAAACAUUUUCACUUUUUCACAGGAGAAAAAAAAAAACCACAACAAAUAUCCUAACAAAAUAACACAAGAGAGUCAAAAAGCAUCAUCUGUAACGAUGAGAAUCAGACCAUUACUUGAAAAAUUCCUGAUCUGACUGAUUCACAAGAGGGGGAGUAAAACUGUACCUCCCACAACAAGGUGGUAUAGAGACAGGGUACCAGAUAUUCAGGACUGGAUGAGGUUUUCUCUGCCUUUUCUGGUUCUGCAACAAGAUUAUGCUGGAGAGCUGUGGAUGGAGCAAUGCUUUCACUGGUACAUUCCUCAACAGAUGCACUCCCUCCCUCUGCUCUUCACUUUGAUACCAACUCUUCUGUCUCUCUGGUAAGGUCUUAUGACAAAAUUUAAAUGUAAAAGCUAGAUAAGAAGUUACAUUCCUAAGUCAUGCCAAGACAUUUCAAAGAAAAAAAAGGCUUACAUUGUCAGAGCUCCUGAGGAUCUGAAUGUGUUGCAACCAGUACUUCCUAAAAGUGCAUUAUUUUUACAUAUAUGCCUACCCAGAGAGAGCUAGGAGUUCAGUUUUAGGAUCAAAACUUUAAACACUGUUCUUUGUAGUGUGGUUUCUUCAUCUACAGGGUGCAGAAAAGGCACACUUCCUAUAAAAAUAAAAGCAGGGCAAAUUUCAUUGAUUCCAAGCAUGUUUUAGAUCUAAAGGCAGGUAGAUAUUGAUAACUAGUUAAUUAACCAGCAGUUUUAAAAGACAAGGAAAAAAAUUUGCUAUAAACACCUUAAACUUACUUGAACAUAUCAUUACUUCAAAUGAAAAUCAAAAGAUCUCCUAUUUUAUACUUUCUGUAUUUAGCUUGAAGUUUUAAUUUUUUAAUUGCCAGGCAAAUUUUUUUCACCUCAGUAUAGAAGUAUUUUACAUUUGAAGAAAUACCAAGUCAAAUAUGUCUUCAUAUUUUUCAUCUAAAGGUGUUUAAAAAAACUCUACAGAAAAUACUUCAGGCAGGUAAGGAAUACUCAAAUGAAAUAAACCUCUGAUCUUCGGUUUCUUAAGGAAGUAACCUCAGUCACAGAAAUGCAAAAAUUGAAAAAGAGCUCUUGAGAUCCGGUAAAAGAUAAGAAUAGCUGAUCAGACCCCAAACAUACAGCCAAUCUACAAUCCUGACUCCAACAGCAGACAAGGCUGGAUGCCUGGGGAACAAGAUAACAGCAGGAGAAGCACACAAGGCUUUCUCAAGUGCUGUCCCACUUCAUCAGCCAUAUGUCAGGAUUUUCUGGGUCAGAUAUAUUUGUGUGUUCAGGAAAAAUGUUUCUUCUGUGAGCUUCUUCUGCCUUCCUGUAAAUGUGUGUAAAGUUUUUAAUGUUGACAGUAGUAAAAAGUUCACAUUAUGUGUGUGCACAGGGGGAACAAAACUAAGAAACCCAAACAUCCUUUUGUUUCACAUCUACUAGUUUCAUUAGUGCCCCUCUCAUUUCUUUGGAAAGGGGCAGGGAGCACCAGACUGUCAUUCAAUCUUUCCAUAUCACUCCUGAUCCAACAGUCUUCCAUCAUCUCUUGCAAAUGAGAAAGAGAUUUUCACUUGCAAUUUCAAGCACCAUCAUAACCAAAGAUGAGAUUUCUAGAAUUACACAAAGAAGUCAGCUAAAAUUAGAGAACCCAGUGAGGUUCACUUUGAGACUGGUAAUUUUGAAAAUCCCACCUGAGCACAGUAUCCUAUGUCCUUAUUUAUUCUUUCAAGUUAUUUUCUAAGAGUUUUAUCCAUUAAAAGAAAUUUGUUCAUACUUUUCCAGCAGUAAAUGUAAUAUUACAAGGUUCCUGCAUCUAGGCAGACCUGUGACUCCUGAGAAGUUCCCUUUUUUACUAGACUAUCAUCAUUCAGACCUCAGGGUUUCUGGCAUUUGAGCACCACUGACAAAAUGAAAGAUGAUACAUUUCAAAAGCUAAGGCAAAAUGUAAAUCAGAAUGAUUCUACAUCUAGAAGACAGAAAUGCCUGGGUUGCAUUUGUUAUCCAAUUACCAGAAUAUUGAAAACUUUGUAUAAACACAACUAUCACUGCAUUAGCACAUUUACAGAACAUACUCAAUAGGGUUCAUUUAAGAUGAGCCAAACUCAGAAAGCCAAGCUUGCAAAGUCUAACACUUUUGCAAGAAGCUGCAUGGAGAAGUUUUGCUUUCACAAUUCUGGUUUGAUACUGAAGCCUUUCACAUUUAUCACCUCAGCUCCAUCCAGUUCCUGUCAGACAGCUGCUUCUAAAAGCAAGCCCAGCUCUUCCCGUAAGAGAACUGAACUUACUACAAAGUUAAAACAAACAAAAAGAACCCUUUACACAUUUUCUGAUCUUUUAUAAAACCUACCACACUGCUGGAAAACUGAAAAUUCCAGAGCUGAGAAUUUAGAUUUUAAAUAAUUCUUUUUUUCUACCUAAGAAGCAGUCUGUCCACUCCAGUUCUAUCAGAACUAAAAGCUGCCCAGCAAUAAGAAGGGGUAAAUUUUCAGUAGUUUAAAUCUGAGGAUCAAACCACAAGCAACGACAAAGGAAGGCCGCUAGAAAGAAGUUAUUUUAUGAUGAGAUAAAAAGAAUAUUUUUGCACACACAUAGUUUUAAUAUUUCCCCUAACUCUAUCUUUUUUAAACAGUGAGUUCCUGCCUUAAAGGACAAAAUUCUUAAAUAACAAUGCUAGCAACAGGAGGCACCCAAAAUUAAUGCAACCAUCUUGUGAAUAAUAUUAACUCUACCUCGCAUGAAAACAACUUUGGUUAGGUUAACUCUGCUUUUCAAAAGAAUUCUGCAAAUCCCGCUGCUUUAUGAAAGGAAGUCAACUGGAAAAUUUUAUUAAGUACAUAGCAAAACAUGGACAAAAAUGAGAAUACCAACAGUGAAGCAAGUACCAAAAUAUCUACCUUUUCAGCCUAACAAAAAAUGUUUCCUUAAUGAAAUCAAAUCUGAAAACUGCUGGUCUACUUAAGUUAUUUCACACUUCUUACAUGUAAAAGAAAGUUUACCACAUAUACUGCAUGUUAUUGUAUUUCACACACUCCUCUGGGUAGCAAAUGAAAAAAAAAAAAAAAA